AUGAACGUGCCAGCUGUGUUCGCUGCGGAAGACCCCGCCUUGCCGGACCCCGAUCUCGAUGACGAGGAAUGGGAAGACGUGGAGGUCGAAGAGAUGGACCCCGCAAUAGCCAACCAGGAACUCGGGGAAGAGGUCAUUCAGUAUGAGCCGGACGAAGGCGAGAUGUCCGCCGAUACUGAGCCCAUUCUGUAUGAGAUAUGCCUCAUCGUGGGGACUCUGGUCAUCGCCCUCUGCAGCGCGAUCGCCAUUUACAAGGAGGUGUACCCGACGUUUUUCAGCUUCUCUCUGAUGGCGAUCGUGGGUGGAGAGAUCUCGUCGCUGUGGGUACCCAUGACCUGGGCAGGACCUCUGCUCGCUCUGAGCUUCGUCAGUGCCGCCAAGCUGUACGACGCCGAAGACAUGGCCGACCAACUGGCGGAUGAAGACGACGAGGACAGCAGAUACCCAAUGGACCGCAGGAGAGGAUAGUCACCACAGCACCCGACCAACUUAAUAAGGCUGGGC